AAAAAGAAAAAAAAACACAGUUAAAGGGAGAAAAAAAAAAAAAGGAAGGUAGUGAAGAUGGUGUUGAUUGAAAAGCUGUGGGAUGAUGUUAUGGCUGGACCUCAGCCUGAUAAAGGCCUUGGCAAGCUUCGAAAGUCCAUUACUUUACUCCAUACUCGUGCUGGGGAAGGAGGGGAAGGAUCAAGCAGGAACUACCACAGGUCGCUGUCGAUGCCGGGGAGCCCGGUGACACCGGGAACUCCGGUGACGCCAACGUCAAUGCACUCGCCAACGGCGCGUAAAGAGAAUGUGUGGAGGAGUGUGUUCCACCCAGGGAGCAACAUUGCCACCAAGAGAAUUGGUGCUGAAGUCUUUGACAAGCCUUCUCACCCCAACGCUCCUACUGUUUAUGACUGGCUCUACAGUGGGGAUACCAGAUCCAAGCAUCAGUGAGAAGUGAAA